UAUCUUUUGCUUCCUUUUUUAACCUUGUUAUCUAUAAAAUUCUCUAAUAACUUGGAAAACUCUCAGAACAUUUUAGACAAUGCUAAAUGUAGUAAACGUAGUCAAUAAGCACACUAAACGUUAACCUUCAAAAGUCAAAAUAGAAUUCCAUGUGAAUUUCAAACCACUAUAAAAGAUUUACACUUUGCAAAAGGUGCUCCCAAUUGCUCUUAACAGAAGUAAAGAAAAUUAGCGUCUUUUAGUCAAGUCAUGAACCUUGUCCUGCCUAACAAUGCCCGCUUAUGAGCUGUCUAAGCAAUGUCCGCCUCCAAGUGAGAGCCAGCCUUGCCAAUAACAGCUUUCAAUUAUGGAAGUGGUGCAUGUCCAUGGCAGAAAAGUGCACCAAUACGCGCCAACUCAAAGCCAUCCACGCCAUUUACAUUACUCUUGGUCUUCACCGCAACACUUACGCCGUAAGCAAGCUCCUCGAUUUUUCUGCCCUUUCAAAUUCCGCCGACCUUUCCUAUGCCUCACGAAUCUUCGCGCAGGUUCGAACUCCCAAUACUUUCCUUUACAAUAUUCUCAUUAGGGCUUACUCUCGCAGCUCACAACCCCAAUUUUCCCUUCAUUACUUCAAUAUUAUGUUACAAACCAAUAACGCUGCGGCUCCUGAUAGUUUUACGUUUCCGUUUCUUCUCAUCGCUUGCGCUAAUGGUCCUUUGGAAGUAGAGGGAAAGCAAAUGCACAGUUGGGUAGUUAAGAAUUCUUUUUCCGUGUCAGAUGCACAUGUACAGACAGCAUUAAUUCGGUUCUACACCAACUGCAAAGCAUUGGAUUAUGCACGCAAGAUGUUCGAUGAAAUUACUGACAUUGAUGUUAUUCAAUGUAAUGUUUUAAUGAGUGGGCACCUUCAAUGCGGACUAGCCAAGGAGGCAUUGAGUAUUUUCCAAGAUAUGCUGGGGCAUGGAGUUAGUGCGGAUGAGUAUUGUGUGACCACAGCACUUGCGGCCUGUGCUCAUUUAGGUGCUCUUGAGCAAGGGAAAUGGAUUCAUGAGCAUGUUAUGAAGAGAGAAUGGGUUGAAUCUGAUGUUUUUAUCGGCUCUGCUCUUGUUGAUAUGUACGCUAAGUGUGGGUGUAUUCACAUUGCUUCUGAGGUAUUCGACAGCAUGCCUACGAGAAACAGGCAUUCGUGGGCAACAAUGAUUCGUGGGUUCGCGGUCCAUGGUCGUCCUGAGCUAGCAAUAAGCUGUUUGGAGAGGAUGCAAGUGGUCGAUGGACUUAAGCCUGAUGGUAUUGUCAUUCUUGCAGUUUUAGCAGCGUGUGCACAUGCAGGGCUUCAGAAAGAAGGCCAGCUUUUGUUGGAUAAGAUGGAAUCAUUAUAUGAUAUUGCACCGGAACAUGAACACUUCAGUUGUGUAGUGGACUUGUUAUGCAGGGCUGGAAAAUUGGAUGACGCACUUAAGCUCAUUAGAAGGAUGCCAAUGAAACCGCGGGCCUCAGUUUGGGGCGCGUUAUUGAGUGGUUGCCGAAAGCACAACAAUGUUAGUCUUGGAGAACUUGCCGUUAAAGAGAUUUUGUUGGUAGAAGAUGGCAAUGAAGCUGAAGAAGAUUCUGCUUAUGUUCAGUUAUCCAAUAUAUAUUUGGCAGCUCGACAAUGUGAUGAUGCACGUCGAAUCAGGAGGAUGAUUGGUGACAAAGGGUUCAGGAAGACCCCUGGGUACAGUGCAAUUGAGAUUGAUGGGAUGGUUAAUGAGUUUGUAGCUGGAGAUGUCUCCCAUUCAUGUUUAACUAACAUACAUGAGGUGCUUGACUUGAUAUAUCUGGAUCCUGAUUUCAACAACCUAAUAUAGCAUGAGCAAGCUUGCUUGUGUGUCACAACUCAUAUCACUGAGUAUAAGACAGCAUGUUGUUGUAAGGGGCAUUCAACUAUUAUUUAGAGAUCAACUGGUCUGCAACUAUGUUUUCUAGAUGGAAGCAGACUUUAAGGCCUGCAGCACCCUUUCAAGCUAAACUUGCCAUGUUUUGUACCCUCAGCACCAUGAGAUCCUGCUACAGCCCCUGCUAUUUGACCAGCCUCUUGUGUUUCUCAAAUUCGAGCAAAGGCAUGAAUUUGACAGUGUACUGCUGUCCAGCAGUUGUUUUCCCAUGCUAUAUUCUUGAGGGAAAAGUCCACGUACCAAUGGAAAGUGUGGAACUUGGGGCAAGUAUACAAGUGUGGAUUGUGAUAAACUUCUAAUGAAAUUCGUGCUGCACUAAUCAGUCUACUAUUUAUCAACCCAAAUUUGCAUGGUACUAGCCUCAUUAAUUACUUAUCUAGAUGAAAAGGUGACACCAAUUUAGGAAAUGCUGCUUUUUUCUCAAAAAAAUUAUGCAUUUACAUGAUAGGAAAGUACCAUGGGCGUCCA